AUGUGCUGUUUCGACGCUUUAAUACGUGAUUUAGUCACUCGGCGCAAAUUUCGACGGUUGACUGGCAGUUUGUCCCUGCAUCAACGAUAUGUUGAUGACACAUACGUGGUUGUUGAAAAUGUCGAUCAAGCAAAUGAACUGUUGGAGGACGAAGGCGUCACGGAUUCCGAUCGCGUCAAUCCAAUUUUUAGGUUGAUGAAUUUUGAUCCAUCAUUCUUCAAACUGUAUCCUCCCGCCUAA